AUGCCAAAUUAUGUAAAGUUCCUUAAGGAGAUAUAUAGUGGAAAGAGGACAUGUGAUGUUACGGAAACGGUUAGCUUGACCGAGAAUUGUAGUGCAAUCAUAAUGAACAAAAUUCCACCCAAGUGGAAGGAUCUCGGAAACUUUACUAUCCCUUAUGCUAUUUAUAAAAUGCGAAUUGAUAAUGCGUUGUGUGACUUAGGAUCUAGUGUUAGCAUUAUGACUUACUCGGUUUAUCAAAGACAAGAGAAGGGAGAACUUUUACCUACCAACAUUACAAUGAAAUUAGCUAAUAGAUCAAUUAGGAUUCGAAGGGGUAAGGUGGAGGAUGUUCCCUUAAGGGUAGGAAAGUUCAUCAUUUCUGUAGAUUUUGUGGUCCUUAACAUAGAUGAGGAUUCUACAAUUCCUAUUAAUUUUGGUAGACCAUUUCUUGCUACUUCGGGUGAUUUGAUUGAUGUAAAAAAUGCUAUGAUUUCACAUAAAAUUGGAGAUGUGCGUGUUGAAUUUGAUUUGAAUGAAAGUAUGAAAUAUCCUUCUUCAUCUCUUAAGAAUUUAACGAGAGUUGAAAUUUUAGACAAUCUUGUACAUUCCAUGCAUGAGCACUUGCCCACAACUAAUUAUCCUCUUGAGUGCGUUUUGUUGAAAAAGGAAAAGAUAGGUGCUCCUAGCAAGGAAAUGGCUUUAUAUGAGAAUUUUCUAGAUGGGAGUGUUGAAGGAAAUGAUGAGAAAAUAUGCAUGUAA